AUGGUCAAAAACAAUAACAAUCAACAACAUGAUCAAUCCAUACAGUACGAUCAAGAAAGAGCUCGAAGAUCUCGAUAUACUUCAGAAGAACAAAUUCUUAUUUCUUUUGGAUAUAAGCAGGAAAUGAACAAAACCAUGUCUACUAUUUCAAAUUUCUCUAUUGCUUUCGGAUGUUGUUCCAUCUUGUCCGGCCUAACUCCUAUGUGGGGAGAUGCCAUGAUGUCUGGUGGAUCUAUCAGUGUGAUUUGGGGAUGGAUUUUGAUUUCCGUUUUUACUUUUGGUGUCGGUCUAUCUCUUGCAGAAAUCUGCUCAGCUAUUCCAGUCACUGGCGGUCUUUACAUCUGGGUGUCUCGCCUUGCACCUCCUGAAUGGGUGCCUAUCAUGUGCUAUGUGACAGGAUGGUGCAACUGGCUUGGUCUUACGGUUGCUAUUACCUCUGCCGAUCUUGGUCUUACUCAAUUCAUGUCUUCUGUGAUUGGUAUUCGCAACCCAGACUACAGUGCUGGUAUAUACUGGCAAUAUGGUAUCUUCUUGGUGAUCUUAUUUAUUCAUGGCAUGAUCAACUCUAUGCAUAUCAAAUACAAUGGGUUCUUUAACCAAGCAUCACUUUAUUGGCAUUUAAUCGGCACCCUACUGAUUAUUGUGGUAGCACUUGUAUUGACACCCAACAAGCCCAGUGCUAAAUGGGUCUUUACUUAUUUUGAAAACGAUACAGGCUUUAGUUCAGAUUCCUAUGCUUUUCUCAUUGGCCUGUUACAAUCUCAAUAUACGCUAUCAGGAUUUGACAGUGCAGCACACAUGUCUGAAGAAACACGAGACGCUGCUCGAUCAGCACCUAAAGGUAUUUUAUAUGCUAUAGGUGCAGCAGCCAUCACAGGUUUUGUGUUUCUGCUCUCUGUCAAUUUCUGUGUUCAAGAUUUUCAACGUCAAGUUGUAGAGACCACACUCAGCCCUCAAAUGACACAAGUGUUUCUAGAUGGUGUAGGGUACAGCUGGACUGUGGUGUUUACUGUCAUUAUCAUGGGAGCCAUGUUCUUUUCAGGAUCUGCAUUGACACUGGGUAGUUCACGUAUGGUCUAUGCGUUCGCUCGUGACGGUGCCAUGCCUCUCAGUCGAUGGCUGAGUGUAAUCAACCCAUCUACACAAACACCUAUUUAUGCAGUCUGGGCCAACAUUGUGUUUGCUGCCGUGGUUGGUCUACUCUAUAUUGUGAAUGAAACUGCAUUUAAUGCAAUUGUGUCUAUCAAUACUAUUGCUUCCUCUUUGGCUUAUUUUAUACCUAUCGCACUUCGAUUGACAGUGGCUCGCAAGACAUUUGAAAAGGGUCCUUUUCAUCUAGGCCCCUUUUCUAAUAUUAUCAACAGUAUCAGUUGUUUCUGGAUCUUGUUCACUUCUGCCUUGUUUCUCUGUCCUACUGAAUUUCCAGUCACAGCAGCGAAUAUGAAUUAUGCUUCGGUCAUCUUUGUGUUUGUGAUGGUGUGUUCUAUCGGUUAUUAUCAUUUCCGUGCUCGUCAAUGGUUUCAUGGUCCUGGUAAAAGCCAAGAACCUGAUCCUCAACUAGAAGAAGUGAAUCCAAUUCAAUAUGGAUCAACAAAGACGUAG